AUGGGCAACAUCAUUUCUCAGGCUUUUGCUCGAGUCAUGGACAUCGAAGAGGACUUCCAGACAGAGAGUACGGAGAUGUUUAACAUGCUUUUCUUAAAACAUGUAAUAUCGGCGGCCACAUCUCCACUGACCAAAGACGACCCCACACAGUGGCUCCAGACCCCGGCAGAAGACGUGGCUCAUCCUCUCUGCCCAGACCUGAGCUUGCAAUGUCGAAUGAUACCCAAUACUAUGCCUGUGCUGGAGAAAAAGGGGGACAUCAUUUUGGGGGGCCUCUUUUCCCUUCAUGACAUGGUGGAGGAGCAAAGUUUGCCUUUCACCUCCCACCCUCCUAAAAGUAAAUGCACCAGAUUCAAUUUCCGAACUUUCCGCUGGAUGCAAACUAUGAUCUUUGCAAUCGAAGAGAUCAACAAGGAGGGGAAGCUUCUUCCGAACAUCACAGUCGGAUACAAGAUCUAUGAUUCAUGCAGCACACCGCAUCAGGCGUUGAAGGCUGCCAUGGAGCUAAUGGGGGGUGAGAAGAGCUCAGAGGUUGGAGAAAAGACUCAGAGGAAUAGCACUUGCAAUGAAAGCGUGCCGCUGGUGAUAGGAGACGGAGGCUCCACUCAGUCUCUCGUUGUGGCUCGUUUCCUUGGCGUCUUCACCGUGCCACAAAUCAGCUAUUUCUCCAGCUGUGCCUGUCUGAGUGACAAAAAGCAGUUUCCUGCCUUCCUAAGGACCAUGCCGAGUGACUUCUUCCAGGUAGACGCUCUGGUUCAGCUCGUUAAACAUUUUGGCUGGACGUGGGUUGGUGUGAUUGCAGGUGAUGAUGCCUACGGUCGUGGCGGGGCAAACAUUUUCGCUAAUGAGGUCACAAAUUUGGGUGUUUGUAUUGCCUUUCAUAGGAUUAUCCCUAAGAACAGACAGCAGGCGGAAAUUUUAUCCAUCAUUUCCGUCAUCCGCCUGUCUGGGGCAAAGGUGAUUCUCGUAUUUGCUGUGGAACAAGAUGCGGCGGCGUUGUUUGACGAAGUACAAAGAAGCGAGCUCACUGGGAUACAGUGGUUAGCCAGUGAAGCUUGGAGCACAGCAGCUGUACUUUCCACCCCCGAGAAGUACCACAACAUCCUCCAGGGUACGGUUGGCUUUGCCAUUCAGCAGGCAAACAUUCCAGGAUUGCGAGACUUUCUGCUUCGCUUGAAUCCGUCGAGAUCGGAUGCCCAGACGGAUCCCUUCCUUGUGUCCUUCUGGGAAGAGGUGUUUCAGUGCAGCCUGGGUGUUCAAACUGAAAGUCGGGAAAAGGAAGGUGAAAGUAAGCCUCCAUGCUCUGGAAAGGAAGACCUUGGGAAUGUGACGAAUAUCUAUUCAGAUGUAUCACAGCUGAGGAUUUCCUACAACGUCUAUAAAGCGGUGUAUGCUGUCGCCUAUGCUCUUAAGGCAAUGAAAAGCUGUGUGAAAGGAGAAGGACCUUUUUUUCAGAGGUCCUGUGCAGAUCCAGAUGUUAUUCAGCCUUGGCAGCUACUUCAUUACCUAAAGCAAGUGCAGUACUUGAAUUCAUUUGCAAGUGAAAUUAAAUUCGAUGAGAAUGGCGACCCUGCAGCCAUGUACGAUCUCGUUAACUGGCAGAUGAAUCCAAAUGGGAAAAUUGAGUUCAUCAACAUUGGCAAAUUUGAUGGCAUGACCGGAGACGUUAAACAAAAACUUUACAUCCAUGAAGACAUCAUUUUGUGGAAUGGCAACCGAACCAGGGUUCCCUUAUCAGUAUGUAGCACUAUUUGUCCUCCAGGCACACGGAAGGCGAUGAGACCCAGCUUUCCUGUUUGCUGCUAUGACUGUGUGGCUUGUACAGCGGGGAAGAUCAGCAAUCUCUCUGACGCCAUAGAGUGUGCACAGUGCCCACCGAAGUUCUGGUCCAAUGCUGAAAGGACCGCGUGCAUCCCCAAACGGGUGGAGUUCCUCUCCUUUAGAGACACCAUGGGCAUCACCCUGGUUGCCAUUUCUUUCAUCGGCUCGUUCAGCACUUGCAUUGUGGUCCUGAUAUUUUUCUGCAAUAGAACCACACCCAUUGUCAGAGCUAACAACUCGGCGCUGAGCUUCCUGUUGCUCCUAUCCUUGACUCUAUGCUUCUUGUGUUCUCUGACCUUUAUUGGCCAGCCAUCCAAGUGGUCCUGCAUGCUGCGCCACACAGCGUUUGGGAUCAGCUUUGUGCUCUGUAUCUCCUGCAUCCUAGGGAAGACAUUAGUGGUGCUGGUAGCCUUCAAUGCAAAACUUCCAGGCAGCAAUGUCAUUAAAUGGUUUGGACCCUCACAGCAAAAAGCAAUCAUCGCUAUUUGUACCGUAACCCAGGUCCUUAUUUGUACUGUGUGGCUGCUCGUUGCGCCCCCUGCUCCACGCCAACUGAUGCCACGUGAGGAAGACUUUAUCAUUCUCUUAUGUGACGAAGGCUCAUACAUUGCAUUCGCUUUGGUGCUGAGCUACAUCGGGCUCCUGGCGGUCCUCUGUCUUUUCUUGGCCUUCCUGGCCAGGAAGCUUCCUGACAGCUUCAACGAGGCUAGACUGAUCACUUUCAGUAUGCUGAUAUUCUGUGCCGUUUGGAUAGCAUUUAUUCCCGCCUACAUCAGCUCUCCAGGGAAGUACGCAACAGUCACAGAAGUGUUUGCAAUCCUGGCCUCCAGUUAUGGACUGCUGGGUUGCAUCUUUGCCCCAAAGUGUUACAUGAUCCUGCUCAGGCCAGAAAAGAACACAAGGAAACACUUGAUGUCCAAAGCUCCCUCUAGCAAAUUUUAG